AUGGACAAUCUGGAUAACUCCUGGUCGGAGCCCAGGUUGCUUCAGCAGCUAGCAGCUGUUAUCAGUGCAAAUGGGACUAAUGGUUCAGAGCCGGGGGUGUCCACCCAGACCCAGCUGGUCCUGGAGAUUCUCAUGGUCCUGAUGUGUUUGGGCGCUGUGACAGGUAAUAUUCUUGUCAUUGUUAUUGUGGCUGCAACCAAGACUUUUCACUCGGUGACAUCAGUGCUUAUCAUGAACCUGGCCAUCAGUGACCUCCUGGUGGGCAUCGGAGUCAUGCCAUUCGUUGCUCUGUCCAUCAUGAACCCUGGAUGGGUGGAUUGUACUGACCUCUGUUUGUAUGUGGGUUACACCUCCUCUGUGUACUGCACAGCUUCCGUGCUGACACUGGCCGCGAUUGCCCUUGACCGCUACCACUCCAUCAUAUACUGCCUGCGCUACAGCUCCCGCUGCACCCCGUGGAGGAUUUGCGGUGUGGUCCUGUGGAUUUGGCUGCAGGCUUUGGCUACCAGUUGCCCUCCACUGCUGGGCUGGAGCUCAUUCAGCUAUGUGUCCCCCAUGUACAGCUGUACAGUGAACUGGGCCAGCAGUCCUAGUUACACCGCUUUCAUGGCUGCCCUCUCGUACCUCAUCCCUGCAGUGGUCAUCCUCUUUUGCUACGUGAACAUUGUCAAGGUGGCUCGCAGCCACGCCAGGAGGAUUCACACACUCGAGGACGCCGUGCAGCGUUGCAGGAAUCUCACCUCGGACUGCGCUCCCGGGGAAACAUCCGACCAGCACAGUGGGUGCCUCCACAGCCCCUCGACACUUAUCUAUCACAUAAGUGGACAGUUUGUGUCUCAUGUUGGUACAGGGGAAGAUGAUUACAUCAACUCUGCUCUUCCUGAAGCUACCACAGAGCAGAGAAGGUCAGCAUCGAGGCGCUUUUUCUCCUUCCUGGCUCAGAGUGCCUGCCAGUUUCCUCUCCAGCAGCAUCAGAGCCACCAAGGUGUGGUCCGGCUCUUCAUGGUCAUCGCAGCCUUCUUCCUCUGCUGGACACCUUAUAUAUGCGUCGCCCUGAUUCAGGCCACAGAAACUGCAAUUGCAGGCCAGCCCACCCUCGUCUCAGCCUCUGGUAUUACUUUCUCCUACUGGCUGCUGUUGCUGAACUCUGAUAUCAAUCCUCUGCUGUAUGCACUGCUUAGCAAGCGUUUCCAAAGCGCUCUUCAGGGACUCAGGCAAAAAAUUAGCGCUCGUCUGGGGAAGGUGGUGGGAAGAGGAGAUGAGGCCAGAGCAGAGGGAGACGAUGGCAGGAGCAGCGACCCCAGCACACUGACCUCCACCCAUCGCGGCCUGGCCUCCAGCUCUGACAACAGCAAAUCAUUGUGCUCUCCCUCUAUUUUUACUGUUAGCGCUGACUUCCAACAUCAGCCCGAGGAACAUCUAUGCAGUGUGUGUCAUCCUCAAAAGAGCUCCUCCGCGUGGCAAGAUGCUGGAGGUGACAGGAGAGUGGACUGCCUGCAGGUCCCCACUCGGCCACAAGAGAGCAGCACUCUAUCUUUUUCUGGUGUGACCGAGGAGCGGCAGGCCACUUUUUUCUAUGGCCAGAUAACAGUGAGAGUAGAGCAUGAUAUUUCUUAG